AUGGAAAUCCCUCCGUCUUCCCUGAAAUUCCACCUGGGACUUAUCCUCUUUGGUCCUUCAUCAAACCCCGUCUCCUUCCUGCUUUGUGCAGAAUACCUCUCAUCAUCACUGUCAGAGGGGCAUGGAAAGCCCUCCGUCUUCCCUGAAAUCUCCACCUGGGACUUAUCCUCUUUGAGGGCAUGGAAAGCUUCCGUCUUCCCUGAAAUUCUACCUGGGACUUAUCCAACUUGGUCACCUGAUCAACCGUCUCCUUCCUGCUUUGUGCGAAUACCUCACAUCAUCACUGUCAGAGAGGGCAUGGAAAGCCCUCCGUCUUCCCUGAAAUUCCACCUGGGACUUAUCCUCUUUGGUCACCUCAUCAAACCCGUCUCCCUUCCUGCUUUGUGUGAAUACCUCUCAUCAUCACUGUCAGAGGGCAUGGAAAGUCCUCCGUCUUCCCUGAAAUUACCCUGGGACUUGUCCUCUUGGUCACCUGAUCAAACCCGUCUCCUUCCCUGCUUUUGUGCGAAUACCUCUCAUCAUCACUGUCAGAGGGCAUGGGAAAGUCCUCCGUCUUCCCUGAAAUUCCACUGGGACUUAUCCUCUUUGUCACCUGAUCAAACCUGUCUCCUUCCUGCUUUGUGCGAAUACCUCUCAUCAUCACUAGGGGGCAUGGAAAGCCCUCCGUCUUCCCCUGAAAUUCCACCUGUGACUAAUCCUCUUUGGUCACCUGAUCAAAACCGUCUCCUUCCUGCUUUGUGCGAAUACCUCUCAUCAUCACUGUCAGAGGGGCAUGGAAAGUCCUCCGUCUUCCCUGAAAUUACCACCUGGGACUUAUCCACUUUGGUCACUUCAUCAAACCCGUCUCCUUCCUGCUUUGUGCGAAUACCUCUCAUCAUCACUGUCAGAGGGCAUGGAAAUUCCUCCGGGCAUGGAAAGCCCUCCGUCUUCCCUGAAAUUCCACCUGGGACUUAUCUCUUUGGUCACCUGAUCAAACCCAUCUCCUUCCUGGUUUGUGCGAAUACCUCUCAUCAUCACUAUCAGAGGGGCAUGGAAGGCCCUCCGUCUUCCCUGAAAUUCCCCCUGGGACUUAUCCGCUUUGGUCACCUCCAUCCGAACCCGUCUCCUUCUGCUUUGUGCGAAUACCUCUCAUCAUCACUGUCAGAGGGGCAUGGAAGGUCCUCCGUCUUCCCUGAAAAUUCCACCCUGGUCACUUCAUCAACUCCAUCUCCUUCCUGCUUUGUGCGAAUACCUCACAUCAUCACUGUCAUCCCACCGUCUUCCCUGAAAUUCCUCCUGGGACUCACCUGGUCACCUGAUCAAACCCGUCUCCUUCCUGCUUUGUGCUUCAUCACUGUCAGAGGGCAUGGAAAGUCCUCCGUCUUCCUGAAAUUCCACCUGGGACUUAUCCUCUUUGGUCACCUGAUCAAACCAGUCUCCUUCCUGCUUUGCGAAUACCUCUCAUCAUCACUGUCUUGGAAAAAAGUCCCCCCUGAAAUUCUCCUGGGACUUAUCCUCUUUGGUCACUUCAUCAAACCCGUCUCCUUCCUGCUUUGUGCGAAUACCUCUCAUCAUCACUGUCAGAGGGGCAUGGAAAACUCCUCCGUCUUCCUGGAAAUUCCACCUGGGACUUAUCCUCUUUGGUCACCUGAUCAAACCUGUCUCCUUCCUGCUUUGUGCGAAUACUUCUCAUCAUCACUGUCAGAGGGCAUGGAAAGUCUCCGUCUUCCUGAAAUUCCACCUGGGACUUAUCCUCUUUGGUCACCUGAUCAAACCUGUCUCCUUCCUGCUUUGUGCGAAUACCUUCAUCAUCACUGUCAGAGGGGGCAUGGAAAGUCCGUCUUCCCUGAAAUUCUACCUGGGACUUAUCCACUUUGGUCACCUGAUCAAACCCGUCUCCUUCCUGCUUUGUGCGAAUACCUCUCAUCAUCACUGUCAGAGCGGCAUGGAAAGCCCUCCGUCUUCCCUGAAAUUCUCCACCUGGGACUUAUCCUCUUUGGUCACCUGAUCAAACCCGUCUCCUUCCUGCUUUGUGCGAAUACCUCUCAUCAUCACUGUCAGAGGGGCAUGGAAAGUCCUCCAGGGGCAUGGAAAGCCUCCGUCUUCCCUGAAAUUCCACCUGGGACUUAUCCUCUUUGGUCACCUGAUCAAACCUGUCUCCUUCCUGCUUUGUGCGAAUACCUCUCAUCAUCACUGUCAGAGGGCAUGGAAAGUCCUCCGUCUUCCCUGAAAUUCUACCUGGGACUUAUCCUUUGGUCACCUGAUCAAACCUGUCUCCUUCCUGGUUUGUGCGAAUACCUCUCAUCACUGUCAGAGGGGCAUGGAAAGCCUCCGUCUUCCCUGAAAUUCCCCCUGGGACUUAUCCUCUUUGGUCACCUGAUCCAACCUGUCUCCUUCCUGGUUUGUGCGAAUACCUCUCAUCAUCACUGUCAGAGGGCAUGGAAAGCCCUCCAGGGGGCAUGGAAAGUCUCCGUCUUCCCCCUGAAAUUCCACCUGGGACUUAUCCUCUUUGGUCACCUCCAUCAAACCUGUCUCCUUCCUGCUUUGUGCGAAUACCUCUCAUCAUCACUGUCAGAAUGGCAUGGAAAGCCCUCCGUCUUCCCUGAAAUUCCCCCUGGGACUUAUCCUCUUUGGUCACCUGAUCAAACCUGUCUCUUCCUGUUUUGUGAAUACCUCCUCAUCAUCACUGUCAGAGGGGCAUGGAAAGCCUCCGUCUUCCCUGAAAUUCCACCUGGGACUUAUCCUCUUGGGCAUGGAAAGCCCUCCGUCUUCCCUGAAAUUCUACCUGGGACUUAUCCUCUUUGGUCACCUGAUCAAACCCGUCUCCUUCCUGGUUUGUGCCGAAUACAUCUCAUCAUCACUGUCAGAGGGGCAUGGAAAGCCUCCGUCUUCCUGAAAUUCUACCUGGGACUUAUCCUCUUUGGUCACCUGAUCAAACCCGUCUCCUUCUGGUUUGUGCGAAUACCUCUCAUCAUCACUAUCAGAGGGGCAUGGAAAGCCUCCGUCUUCCCUGAAAUUCCACCUGGUACUUAUCCUCAUUGGUCACUUCAUCAAACCGUCUCCUUCCUGCUUUGUGCGAACACCUCUCAUCAUCACUGUCAGAGGGGCAUGGAAGGUCCUCCGUCUUCCUGGUUUUGUGCAAAUUCCCCCUGGGACUUAUCCGUCUUCCCUGGUCCCCUGGGACUCAAACCCGUCUCUUUUCCUGCUUUGUGCAGAUACCUCUCAUCAUCACUAUCAGAUGGGCAUGACCCUCCGUCUUCCCUGAGAAUUCUAUCUCCGUCUUCCCAUCAAACCGUUCCCCUGGGCAUCCUCUUUGUUCCGUUUCCUAAAUUCUCGCGGACUUAUCUCCUUGAGGGGCAUGGAAAGCCCUCCGUCUUCCCUGAAAUUCCCCCUGGGACUUAUCCUCUUUGGUCACCUCAUCAAACCUGUCUCCUUCCUGCUUUGUGCGAAUACCUCUCAUCAUCACUGUCAGAGGGGCAUGGAAAGCCUCCGUCUUCCCUGAAAUUCCACCUGGGACUUAUCCUCUUUGGUCACCUGAUCAAACCCGUCUCCUUCCUGCUUUGUGCAAUACUCUCUCAUCAUCACUGUCAGAGGGGCAUGGAAAGCCCUCCGUCUUCCCUGAAAUUCUACCUGGGACUUAUCUCUUUGGUCACCUCCUCAAACCUGUCUCCUUCCUGCUUUGUGCGAAUACCUCUCAUCAUCACUGUCAGAGGGCAUGGAAAGUCCUCCGUCUUCCCUGAAAUUCCCCCUGGGACUUAUCCUCUUUGGUCACCUGAUCAAACCCGUCUCCUUCCUGGUUUGUGCGAAUAUACUCUCAUCAUCACUGUCAGAGGGCAUGGAAAGUUCUCCGUCUUCCCUGAAAUUGGUCCUUCAUUCUCCUUCCAUCUCUGUCAACUGUCAGAGGGCAUGGAAAGUCCACCGUCUUCCCUUUAUCCACUUUGGUCAAACCCGUCCUUCCUGCUUCUGAAUACCUCUCAUCAUCCAACCCCUCCGUCUUCCUUUCUACCUGGGACUUUCCUCUUUGUGCCCUGA